AUGCAGGAGCAGUGGUACUCGUUGAAGCAGGAAGUAGGGGAGGAGCCUCGGCGCUAUCUCACAAGAGCAUCAGUACUUCGCCAGAAACUGGAAGCUUACGGUUGGGUGCAAUCCGAUCAUGAUGCUAACGUCCACUAUGUACGCAACCUUCUGCCCGAUUUCAAUGUGCAGAGGAGCGUGUUGUUGGCGCAGUCGGAGGUCAAGACGGAAUUGGUAGAGAAAGUGAUUCUGACUGCCUGGGCGGCGACGGAGGCCGCUAGGAAGAGGGCGUCGGAGAGCGUGGGGGCGUAUGCCCUCGUCACUGGCGGUGAUGACCGUGGUGGCGGGCGCGGGAACAUGGGGGAUAGGGGGAAGACGAGAGGACAACGGAGGACGGCAGCGUGGCAACAGCAGCAACAACCGCAGCAGCCACAGCAGCAGCAUCAGCCGUACUUCAAGCAGCAGCAACAGGUGCGAGCUACGGCGGAAGGCACGGGCCCCAGCAUGGGAGCCGGGGUGUUUUUGGAGGAGGACGUCAUCAGCAGCAGCCGGCAGGAGGAAGAUUCGGGGGGCGUGGUGCCGCUUCCGGUGGGAGGAGCAGGGGCCCUUUCCACCAGGGACCGCCGGGCAGCAACCUCCCCGCCUACCCUAUACCUCAGCGGGGCUACGACUACAGCGCCUACCCCCCCAUGUACCGCCCGCAGGGAAAUGAACCUCCCAUCCACCCGAAUGACCCUCGCAAGCGGUGUGAGAACUGCGGUGAACUCGGCCACAACCAUGUUCUGUCCUUCGCGGGUUGAUGUCGGAAGGCCAGCUGGCAUGCCGGCCGCCAACGCGCCGCCUAAGCCCCCACCGCCCCGGCCGCCGGCCGGUGGCUACAGCCAGCGGCCGCCGUGGGCACACUCGUACGGGCAGGCCAACACCGCGCAGCAGUGCGGCGGAGAAGGGGUAGAGCCAGGAACAGCAGGAGCGACGGUGGCGACGAUGGCAGCACCAUCUACGGGGAGGCAUGCAGUGACGCACGUGACCGGUGUUUAUCAACAACCGGUGACGCACGCGAGCGGUGUGUACGAAUACCCACUCCAACCGUAG